GGGAAUCAUCUGCAAAAGAAGUAGUAUUUGACGUUUGAGGCACGCAUGGUUAAUUUUGACGGAAAGAACUAUGAAACGCUAACCGCAUGGAAGUUAUGUGCUGAUAUUACGAAUAUAAGAGGGUCAUUUUGCAAAAGCUUAUAACCACAAGGGUUUAAGUGCUAUUUACCCUAUUUUUUUUCUUGACAAAGACCAAGGCUAAAUUAGUGAGUCCUCCACUAUAUAAGUAUCUCCAACCCUAUGUCACUAUACUUUUUUAUUUCUUUCCUUAGACAAUUUACUAAUCACACUACCAAAUUAAAAUACAUUUCACCAAAAUUCAUCUUGAUUUCUAUAUGGCCAUUAGCCAAACCAUGUCCAACCCUAGCGAUAAUUGGAUGUUGCAAUACCAAACCGAAUUUUCCGGCAUCGGCCAAACCGAAGUCCCUCCAACCACCGCCGCCGCCGCAGCGGCGGCGGCGAGGGUUAACAACCUGAGCCCCGACCAAGGCCGAGUGGCGAAGCCCAUCCGGCGGCGUUCGAGGGCUUCCCGUCGAACCCCAACCACCCUCCUCAACACAGACGCAACCAACUUCAGGGCCAUGGUCCAGCAGUUCACCGGAGGCCCCGCCGCCUCAUUCGCCGCCAGGCCUCAGAUCCCAAGCAGCGGCGGCGCCGCCCUCAAUUAUAUUGAGCAUGCCACUAAUAUGGAUCCGGCACGUGGGUUUCGCGUGCAGUACCCGAAUCCGAACCAACAGCAGCAGCAGCACAUGUUCUUGAUGGAUAGCAUGCACGGUGGCGGUGGUUUACCGGCGGCGCCGCCGGGGAAUGCUUCUGAGAAUGAUCAUCAGAACCGGAAUUAUCACAACUACAUGCGAUUUGAUCAAUGAGAAUUAGAGAGAGUAAAAAAAAAAUUCUCAAUUAAAAAAAUAAAAAUAAAAAAGUUUGGUAAGGUGCUGACUUUUCCAUUUUUUUUUCUUUUUUUUCCCUAUAGGGUUGUAAAUUAAUUUCUUCUUUUCACACGUGUGUACACGUGACACCCCAUUUCUUGUUAAUUAGUUAAAAAACCAUAGCUUCUUUGUUUGACCUGUUGGAGUUAUUUUCACUUUGUUUGGAAUUUCGUCCUUGUAAGAAAAAAAUGAACAAUUAUAUUAUUUUCGAUGCUUU